UCUUAACUUUACCUGCAGUUUCAGCCUGCUGCAAGGUCUAUUUGAUAAACCUUCUUAAUUUGGUUUGUGAAUCUAUUUGAUUAUUCCGUGAUUAGUUUCUCCGCUUACCUUAUCUGACUUUCUCCCAUAGGACUUUCGAUGUCUGUACUAUAAAUACCAUGGUUGUUGUGUCGAAGUGGCGCUUUUCGGAUGUAAUUCAUACCGUUUGUGACACUAUUGUCGAUACUUUCUAUCGAAAACAAGCUUUUGUCAAGACUAUGGUGUUUGUCAAUGUUGGAUUGAUUUUGCUCCUUCACUGGUACUUUGUCUCGCUUCUGCAAGCUUUCCCGCUCCAGCUCCGCAACCAUGUUCCAGGCACCGUGACACAUGAGCUGGUGGCCGAGGAAAGAGCUAGACACUUGAAACUCGUUAACAGCCCUCAAAACAAAGCCGUGUACACCCAGUUGAAGUAUGCCGCCAACGCCUUUUUUGAUGUAGAUACGAACACUAUAGGAACUACCCACUUUACACCGUAUAACCAGUAUCAGCGACAACCCUAUGUAGCCAAUGGUUAUAUCGGUGCAAGAAUUCCGAAUUUGGGACAAGGAUUCACGUAUGAUCAGAUCAGCGACUCAGCAGAUGCUACGAACGAUGACUUGCUCAAUGGAUGGCCCCUCUUUAACGAGCGCUACUCGGGUGCAUUUGUUGCAGGCUUCUUUGACAUCCAGAAAAACACCACGGGAACGAAUUUUCCUGAGCUUUUAGCCAAUGGCUACGAAUCUGUUAUUGCCUCAGUUCCACAAUGGACUACCUUACAAGUCAGCACUAUAAAGGAUGGAGUUGACUUCUCCUUGGAUCCAGUAAACUCUGUAGAUAUGAACAAUGUCAUCUCCAGUUAUGGUCAAAACUUGUCUCUUGUGAACGGAAUCGUCACCACAGAAUACACCUGGCUCGAUGAUAUCAGAAUCAAGUACAAGAUCUUGGCUCACAGAAAAGAAAUCAACCUUGGACUCGUAGAGUUGUCUAUUUCCAAUAUGGGUAACACUUCGUUGACUUUCAAUGUAACUGAUGUCUUGGACGCUUCUACAGCCCAACGGUCUCAGCUAACAGGUGUAAACUCGGAUGGUAAGGGCAUUUACAUAACCUUCCUGCCCAACGAACUCAACUACAUUAAUGGUGCCAUAUAUUCAACGUUGCAUGUGGAAGAUGGUUCAUCUAUACAGCUGUCUUCUUCAACCUCCAAAGUUAGUCAAUAUGUCGAAGUAACUGUAAAUCCUGGUCGUACUUCCAGAGUUGUCAAGCUUGUCGGAGUAGCGACGACUGAUUUAGAUCCUCGUAAUCUAGAUUCGCUUGAUAAAGUACUUGCAUUCGCCAAAAAGGUAUCUCAGACUUAUACGAAUGCAGACGAUGUUGUCGAAUCUCAUUUGGUAGCUUGGGCUCAAACUCUUGAGUCCACUCCAGCAAUUACAUUUGCUGAUGACAGACUACUCACAUUGGCCAGUAGAGCUUCACUCUUUCAUCUUACAGCCAAUACUAGGCCUGAUGCCAAUGGCGUUACCGCUGCUAUGGGUGUAGCUGGUUUGAGCUCAGACAGUUAUGCUGGGAUGGUCUUUUGGGAUGCAGAUAUAUGGAUGAUGUCUGGAUUGUUACCAUUCAUACCAUCUCACGCAAAAAGUAUUGUCAAUUACAGAAUGCAUACUCAUGAUCAGGCUAUCAAGAACUUACCAGAGGGUGCCAAGGGUGCAGUGUAUCCGUGGACCUCUGGCAGAUUUGGUAAUUGUACUGCUACUGGACCCUGUCUAGACUAUGAAUACCACAUUAACGUAGCUGUGGCAAUGUCAGCCUGGCAGCUUUACUUGAGCGGUGCAGCUGACGAACAAUUCUUAGCGGAUGUUGUCUAUCCAUUGGUAAACGAUGCCGCCGAAUUCUUUGCCGAUUAUGUUGUCACCUACGACGAUACAUUGAAACAGUUCACUACGCAUAAUUUGACUGAUCCUGAUGAAUAUGCAAAUCACGUCGAUAACGGAGCAUAUACCAACUCGGGUAUUUCACUUGUAGAGAAAUGGGCCAUUCAAAUCUCAAAUCAUUUAGGAAAAGAAUUCCCACUGCAGUACUCAAACAUAGUGGGAAAUAUGCAUUUACCUACAUCUGGCAAUUCCGACAAUAUCACAUUGGAAUACACUGGCAUGAACUCGUCUGUUGGAAUAAAACAAGCAGAUGUUAUUAUGAUAACCUACCCAUUGCAAAACGAGUUGAUAUCAGAAGCACAGGCCCUAACGAAUAUGGAAUUUUAUUCUGUCAAACAAGUUAACUAUGGACCAGCUAUGACUUUCCCGAUCUUCUCGAUUGUCGCAUCACAUGUCUCUACGUCUGGAUGUGCUUCUCAGUCGUACUUACAAAAGGCUGUACAGCCAUUCUUAAGAGGUCCAUUUGCCCAAUUUUCUGAACAAAAUAACGAUGACUUUUUAACCAAUGGUGGCACUCAUCCAGCUUUCCCAUUCAUGACUGCCCACGGUGGAUUUUUACAAGCAGUAACACAGGGUCUCACUGGUUUAAGAUUUGGAUACGUCAUUGAAGAUGGGCAAAUCAAACGAGCUUUGGACUUGGAUCCUACUGCAUUGCCUUGUUUGCCUAAUGGGGUGAUUUUUGAUGGAAUCAAAUACAACAACCAUUCUCUUUCAUUCGCAGUCAAUGAAACUUCAUUCACUGUCAAAAAUAAUGGACCUAUUUCAGAGAAGUCUGAUGGAGUUGUUCGUAUAAGAAUUGCAGAUAGAAACCCAAGCAGAGGCAUAUACACCAUAAAUAGUGGUGAGGAUUUCAGUUUCCCAUUGUAUACACCUAAACCAAGCUACCCUACUAGUAUUUCUGAAUGUGGUUUGGCUAGUUUCUACAAUAUCACUGAUGGCGCAUAUGGGGAUUCUCCAAUUCUGAUAAACGACGGUGAUAACACUACUCAAUGGCAAGCAAAGUACAAUGACACCACUGGCAAGAUUCUUGUUGACUUCAAGCAAUUUAAGAACGUUUCUAAUGGAAUCAUUAAUUGGGGUGAUAAACCACCCAAGAAUUGGAAACUAUCUCAAUUCACUGGUUCAUUGGUAGAGUUUAAGGAUGUAGAAGACGUUUUAAGUCAAGUUGAUUUUGGCAAUGAAUUGUACAACAUAUACCGAUAUGAGGAUGAAGACUACAAGCUCUAUAAGCAAGAUGAGGUUUUCCAAGUAGUUCUCAGUUCCAACGUGAGUAUUUCGGCACCAUUCAUUUUGGAAGACUACAAUACCAUAGAACUUCCAAAGAGACAAAACACCACUGAAUUCACUAUAGACGAAGAAUUGUAUUCCCAGUUCCUAUUGAUCGAAAUUGAAGGGAUCCACAAUACUGUUCCUAUUGAAGAUGAUACUGGUGGAGCCAAAUUGUACGAAGUAGUGUUCUUCUGA